AUGUUUUCAGGCCCCCCUAGUGCAGCAUCAAAGGCGGACAAGAUUCAGCCAUGUGACGAUGAGAGCCUGUCGUCGUCAGCAGCUGCAGCAGCACAGGGCUUUUUCCAGCAACACACCGGAUGCAGACUCUUUGCUGACCUCGAGAAGGAGUUGACCGAGAAGCCCGCGUGGGAUCGACUCGCAGGCAGCAGCAGUCUGGACUUUGGCAGCAUGUUCACUGACCACAUGCUGACUGUGCAGUGGUCCUUUGGCCAGUCCUGGGGCAGACCCCGGAUCGGGCCACUCAAGUUGCUGGAGCUGCAUCCGGCUGCCAAAGUGCUGCAUUAUGCGACUUCCGUGUUUGAGGGCAUGAAGGCGUUUCGCGGGUCCGACGGGCGAGUGCGGCUGUUCCGGCCCGAGCUGAACAUGGAGCGCAUGCUGGGCUCGGCCGAGCGCACGUGUCUGCCGGCCUUCAGCAAGCGAGAGCUCCUGGCCUGCAUCAAAGAGCUGUUGCGAGUCGACAGGGCGUGGGUGCCGCAAGAGUGCGACCUGGGCGACGGCUGCUCCCUCUACCUCCGCCCGACUCUCAUGGGCACGACAGGCACUCUUGGGGUGGACAGGCCAAGAGACGCGCUGCUCUUUGUCAUCAUGAGCCCAGUGCAGAGCUACUUUGAGGACGCGACCACUGCUGUCCACCUCCUGGCUGACGGACGCUACAUCCGGUCCUCGUACGGCGGCGUCGGCGACCACAAGAUGGCGUGCAACUACGCUGCGCCGCUGCGAAUCCAGGAAGAGGCCAAGAAGUUGGGCUACCCCUCAGUGCUGUGGCUGCACGGCGAAGACGCGAGGAUCACCGAGGCCGGCACGAUGAACGUUUUCUUUGUGCUGGAAUUAUCCAAAGGCGAGAGGGAGCUAGUGACGCCGCCGUUGGACGGACUCAUUCUGCCUGGCGUGUAUCGGCAGUCUGUGAUUGAGCUCGGCUCUGCUGUCGCCAAUUGCAAAGUCAGCGAGAGGGUUUUCACUAUGCAAGAUCUCGUCAAGGCGUCGUCCCAGGGUCGGUUGCUGGAAGCCUUUGGAACGGGGACAGCGGCGUCCAUAGCCCCAAUAGGUUCCAUUCAUUACAAGGACAGGUGCACCAUUGAAAUUCCAACACUGUCGCAAAAGGCGCCGCUUUACCGACAGCUCCAUCAGUCACUAAGCGACAUCCAGUUUGGCAGAGUUGCUCAUGAAUGGGCAGACAUUGUGUGAAGCACCAAUAACUGCAUGUUGUCCUAUACUGUUGGAGUAACGGACAUUUCAACCACCGGAAAAGGGAUACGACUCGACACUCGGAUCACUACGCGACGAUCAUGACACGCUCCCGAAGAAGAACAAUGCCCCAGCCACGGAAAAUAAAAA